AUGCUUCGCGGCCUAAAUUUUGUUGCGCGAAGAUGCCGCCAGGGCACGUCGAUGGCCAGAUUAUCAUCGACGGCAGCACCUGAAACGCCUUCCGUCGAGGAAAAACCCUGGGAGAACCCGUGGAAACAUGCGUUGCCCAAACAAGAAAAGACAUUCACCGACUACGAGGAGCUGAAGAUAGAUUUCAGCGUGGUUGAGAGUUUGCUUCCAAAAGAGAUUAUUCCCGAGGUGCCGCAACAUGAGAGCUAUCCAACGGCGAGCGGGUGGCGGCCACCAUUAGAUCCCCCACCGACCCUUCCCUACUAUGUGCGCCGGACUCGAGAACACGUCUUUCCGCUUUAUCUUGAAAGAAAAAGAGAUAUGCUGAACGAAACGACGCUGGAUUUCGACUACGUCGAGCUCGUGACGGUCAAGCACGUUGAAGGGGAUGUUUUCGCAUUCGAGGCCGAUCUGCGCUCAUUUCUGGAGAAGGAGCUCGGGCAGCCGGUCGCCACGCAUAUUGACGAGAUGAAGGGCCGAAUACGAGUGAAGGGCGCCGAUCGAUCGCUUCUGGAGCGCUUCCUCUUCGAGAAGGGCUUC